AUGAGCCUGAGUCUGGGCCUCUUCGGCGGCCCUAUUGUCGGUGGAUUCGUCUAUGAUAUGGCAGGCUACUUUGCUGUGUUCGUCCCGGCGUUUGCGCUCAUUAUGCUCGAGGUCGUCCUUAGCCUGCUCUUGCAGCCACCGUCACGAUCUCUGGAAUGCUUGGAGACGCCUGUCCAGCGAGACGAGCAGUCGCCCCUAUUGCCUGCCACAGGGCCUCCAGACAAGCAGACAUCUCCCACGCUUGUCAUACUCCUGCGCUCGCCGCGAUUCCUGGUCGCGAUGGUGGGAAUGUGCAUGUUGAACACCUUCAUGACUGCGUUCGAGGCGGUCCUUCCCGUGUACCUGCAUGAGCUCUGCGACUAUGACUCCAGUCAGGUCGCUAUUGUCUUCCUGUCCAACACACUCCCAAUGGUUCUUUCGCCUCUGAGCGGCAACGUGGUCGAUAAAGUCGGCCCCUUCUGGCCCGCGGUCGCAGGAUUUGCCCUCGCAGCGCCGAGCAUGAUGCUCCUCAGCUUGAUUCAGCACAACACUGUCCUCUGCUCGUUGCUCCUGCGCCUGUUUCUCUUCCUGUUCGGCUGCGGGAUUUCCAUGGCCAUGCCUGCAAUGAUGACUGAGAUUAGCAUGGCAACAAAGGCCGUCGAAAAACGUUAUCCAGGAAUCUUCGGCAGCCAGGGCGCGUACUCACAGGCGUACGGACUGAGCAAUGCCGCUUUCGCGGGCGGUACCCUCGCCGGGCCACUGUAUGCGGGAUACCUCCGAGAAUGGGCGGGAUGGACGGCUAUGUCAUUGUCUCUGGGAGGGCUCAGCGUGGUGAUGGUGAUUUUGGUGGUUGUGUUUACAGGGCGCAAGGAGGACAAAGUUGCAGAGGAAGUAUGA